AUGAAGACCACUGCUCUCCUGACUGCCGGCCUCCUGGCCACCUCUGCUCUGGCUGCUCCUUUGACGGCCAAGCGCCAGGCUGCUCGCGCCAAGCGUGCCGCUGGCCGCCAGAGCAACCCUCCCUUCAAGCCCGGCACCAACGAGGUUCUUACUCUCAACGGCACCUCCAAGAACGUUGAGUACAGCUCCAACUGGGCCGGUGCAGUCCUCAUUGGCACCGGCUACACGGCCGUGAGCGCCGAGUUCACUGUGCCCACCCCGUCUGUGCCCUCUGGUGGCUCGAGCAGAGAGGAGUACUGCGCCUCCGCCUGGGUGGGCAUUGACGGUGACACCUGUGGCACCGCCAUUCUCCAGACUGGUGUCGACUUCUGUGUCCAGGGCUCCUCCGUGAGCUACGAUGCCUGGUACGAGUGGUACCCCGACUACGCCUACGACUUCAGCGGCAUCUCCAUCUCUGCCGGAAAUGUCAUCAAGGUCACCGUUGAUGCCUCCAGCAAGACUGCCGGUACCGCCACCAUCGAGAAUGUGAGCACCGGUACCUCGGUCACCCACACCUUCUCCGGUGGUGUCGAUGGUGAUCUGUGCGAGUACAACGCCGAAUGGAUCGUGGAGGACUUUGAGGAGGACGACUCUCUCGUUCCUUUUGCCGACUUUGGCACCGUGACCUUCACCGAUGCCACUGCCACCAAGGACGGCUCCACUGUUGGCCCCGCCGAUGCCACCAUCAUCGACAUUGAGCAGAGCUCUGUCCUGACCUCUGUUUCCGUCACCGACAGCGAGGUUGUUGUCAAGUACGUCUAA